AUGAAGCAGCUUCUCUCCCCAACUCUUCUUCUGUUGAUCCUCUUCCUCCUCUGCACUACAACUUAUGGUCAGUCUUUGGCACCGGCUGCAGCACCUUCAGGUCCCACCGAUAUCGAUGUAAUUCUCGGAAAGGCCGGUAAAUUUACCACCUUCAUUGGGCUACUAAAGAGCACCCAGAUGGAUUCCCAAAUCAACAGUGAACUUCAGAAAAAAUCCAACCCUGGCUUCACCAUAUUUGCGCCAACCGAUAGUGCCUUUGCAGACCUCAAAACAGGUACUCUGAACUCAUACACUGACGAGCAGAAGGCCGCACUGACAAAAUUCCACGUACUACAUUCUUUCCUUACUAUCUCACAGUUCCAAACCGUGAGCAACCCGCUGCACACAGAGGCAGCUGCUAAUACUGAGGAGUUUCCACUGAAUGUGAUAGGCAACGGAACUCAGGUGAACAUCACAACAGGGCUUGUGAAUACAACAGUGGACAGCACAGUAUACAGUGAUGGUCAGCUUGCUGUAUAUGAGAUCAGCCAGGUGCUCCUUGCGCAAGGUAUCCUCAGACCUCAAGCACCAGCACCAGCUCCUCUACCUGCAAAGCCUAAGAAGGCUACUCCUCUUAAUUCACAUGCUCCUUCAACGUCCACCACCGUUUCUGUUGAUUCUUCUGGUGCGACGGGCACCCUCCACUAUGCACCACUUGUUGUAUCGAUCGGAGUGGCUGUUAUUACCCUUAUGCAUCUGAACUGA